AACACUCUGUAGAGUAUAUUUAUUUGUUCAUAUCAAAGGUUCAUAUAGUAUAUUUUGUAAAUAAUUUAAGUAAAAAUAUUUCUGUCAAAAUAUGAUUUACCUGUGAGAGGCUCAAAUGAACUAAUCGCCCACCUUUUCCACCUUAUCUUAAUAAAUUCAAAGGACAUCAUAAACGUAACUUCAAAUUUUAUAUUUUAAAAAAUGUUAUUCAGUAGAAGAGUUGUUUGUAAAUUAUUAAAGUUUCAUCAUAUAUUUGAUAGAUAUUCUGUGAAUUGUUCUUCAUCGUCUGAGUUAUCAAGUCCGUUAAAACUAUCAUUCACCACUUUUGAAACAGAAGCUGAGACCGCUUUAGAACCACCCUUUAUUAUUUUACAUGGAUUAUUCGGUUCCAAGCAAAAUUGGACCGGACUUAGUAAGGCUUAUCAUCAACAAACGAGUCCUCAACGAAAGAUAAUCGCAUUAGACUUGCGAAAUCAUGGGGAAAGCCCUCACACUUCUCAACACUCGUACGAAUAUUUGGCGGAUGAUCUACAAUACUUUUUAAAAGACCAUAGCAUUGGGAAAAUUGCCCUUAUGGGACAUUCAAUGGGUGGCAGAUGUGCCAUGUUGUUUACACUGCAAUAUCCGAAACUUGUAGAGAAACUUAUUAUUGUAGAUAUAUCUCCAGUCACCACUAGCCCAAAAUUUAAGGAGCUUUCAAAUUUAUUCAAUGUUAUGAAUAGUGUUAAAAUGCCAGAGAAUGUUCCUUUGAGAGAAGCUCAGAAUAUAGUGGAUAAACAGCUAUCAGAAUACAUUACUGAGAAAUCUGCGAGAGCAUUCUUGUUAACAAACUUAAUAAAAACUGAUCAUCAGAAAUACAAAUGGAGAUUUAACAUACCGGCUUUAUUAUCAAAUUUUCAAAAUAUUGUCAGGUUUCCACCCAUAGAUAACUUAAAGUAUGAAGGAAAUACAUUAUUUAUUGGUGGAGCAAAAUCAGAUUAUAUAGAAAAAAGUGAUUAUCCUAAAAUCCUAAAGUUGUUCCCCAAGGCCGAGCUGCAGUACAUCGAAGGGGCGGGUCACUGGGUACAUAUAGAAAAACCAAAUGAUUUUCUGAAAAUUACUCUAGAUUUUCUGAACAAAACAAACAGAUAACCUUGUUAUAAGAUAGAUAGAAUAAAUAUAUAAGAAUAAAAAACUACAAAAUAUAUGUCUA